AUGGCUUCAGAAAAGUCCGCGUCGCGCUCACCCAGCGCAAGCCCGGCGCCAGAGACAAUGCUCUCGCUGAAAUCACGAAUGGAGGCCCGACUGGCCGCCAUCGACACCAGUUCCGACGACGACGAACCCAGAAAUACCGGACGCAAGAGCAAAACACCCCCGGUACGCACCCAAGAUAGUGACUCUGAAGAAGAAGUCGUCUUCCGCCCCAGAGGCCGCCUCGCUGCCCAGCUACAGGGCGGCACCCAGCCAGCAGGCUCGGACGAACCCGAGACCUUCCUUGACCGUAUCAAGAAACGGCUGGGAUCCGCUGGUGAGGAGGACGAAGACGAUGCCGAGGACACAACCAUGGGGGACGCAGACGCGGAAGAUGAAGACGACAUCCCCGUAGCGCCGCGAAGGCUGCAAAGGAAGCAAGCCAGAGAGACCACGCCAACACCGACCCAGAACCCCGAGGUGCAGUCGAGUCCUGGGCUCUUCGUGUCUCCGGACCGCCAAUCACCCGUGAAACCUACUGAAGCCACACUAGCCGACGAUGGCUCGGAUUCCGACGCGUCGCUCCCCUCAUUGACCAAGAGCGCCAGGUUCCAGGCGCUGGUCGAGCGCAAGCGACAAGAGAGACUGGCCCGCGAGGCGGAGGACGAGAAGAAGCGCGCCGAACGCAUGGAACGCCAGCAGACCACGAAUGUCGAUCUCUUUGACGACGACGAGGACGCUGGCAACGUCUCCGACAUCACCGACGACGAGGGCGGCAGAAAGCUCAGCCAGGCCGUGAGGCCCGCAAGGAGGGCCGGCAAGAAGGCCGUCGAGGAGAUGCAGCGUGAAACGCAGCGCAUGGCGCGUAACAUGCAACUCGCCCACGAGGCCAAGACUAGGAAGAAGUUCACCAAGGCCGACUUUCUCCAGCGCUUCAACUAUGGAGCGCCGGCAAAGCCCGAUACACAAACACAACAGGCCUCGAGCUCGAGCCGGCCAACCACACCUGUUUCGGCUCACCAGACUGAUGCCGAGAUGAAGGACCCCGAAACGCCGCCCAGUUCUCCUCCUGUGGCUAAGGCCGCGUCCCCUGUUAAGCUUCAGGAACCAACGGCAGUUAUUCAACCUCCCACCUUUCCCCAGAAACAUGAUGAUGAAGAGAUACCUUCGCUCGACGACAUUUUCGAGGCAUCGCGGAGACUUGACAAAGGCAAAGGCAAGGCCGUUGCCUCUCCCCCAAAGAGCCCUGCUGAGGAGACGAAGCCAAAACGCCAUGUUCGCGUCAAGCUACCCGUCCUCUCGGCAAACCACGUAGUAAUCGACCUCGACGACGAUGACGACGAUCUUGAGAUUGCUGGCGGAAAGAAGAGCAAACUCGACGCCGUUUUCAGUAAAAUUCCGGAGAGGAAGGCCAACGAAUCCAACUCCCUCCACGCCCUGCGUCGACUCGCCCAGGUUGGCUCACCCAACAAGGAAAGAAAGCGAAAGUACGAAAAGCCAACCAUCACGGUUGGCCAGCUGCAGCUUACCCUGCAACAGCGAGCGCGCCAGCAGGCCAAAAUGGAGCGCGAGAAGCGUCUUGAAUACCUCAAGUCCAAGGGCAUCAUCGUCCAGACCGCGGAAGAACGUGAGCGCGAGAUGCAAGACGUCGAAGACAUCGUCACCAGGGCGAGGAGAGAAGCCGAAGAGAUCAUGGAGCGUGAGCGGGAAGCCGCCAAGAAGGAAAAGAAGGAGAAAAGGAAGAACGGCGAGCUCGACGCCUGGGAUGACAGCGAUGAUGAGGAGUGGGAAGCCUCUGACGCCGAGGCGGAAGGCGGUGUGGCUGUCGAGGUCGAGCUUUCUGGUUCUGAAGACGAGCAGGCUGAUGACGAAGAUGCCUCGGACGCCGAGGUUGAAGGCGUCGCCUUGUUCGACAACGAAGCCGAUGACAGUGGCUCGGAGCACCCCGAAGCCGACGGCGAGACCUUGGAGGAUCCUGCUGCCGACUCUGAAGACGACUUGAACCUCCCCACAAGGAACAUCCGCCGCUCGAAGAAGACCCAGGUCAUUUCUGACGACGAGGAUGAGGAUGAGGACAGGGUUGAGGCGACACCCAGACCAAAGACUGCGACCCAGCGCUCUCCCACUGCACCCAGCACCAAGUCGCCCGCUGUCCCUACUUCGGUCCUGCGUUCCGCGAAGAAGACAUUUAUCCCUGGACUUCCCGUCACGGGAGCCGCUGGCCUCGGCCUCACCCAGAUCUUCGCCGGCACCAUGGACGACAGCCAAGCAGCUCUGGGUACCAUGCCCUCUCAGUCGCCUAUGCCGGACUUCGACAGCCUCCCCGACUCCAACCUGAUCGGUUUCACCCAGGAGCACGACAGCAUGGUCUUCGAUAGUCAGGGCGGCGACACGCAGAGAGCCGAGACGCAGCAGGAAUCUGCGGACGGCGUGCACCUCCACUUUUCCCAAACCCAAGUGCACGGCUUCGACAGUCUUCUGCACGACGAGGAGCCUACUCAGUUUUCGAUCGACGCCACGCAGGAUGCUGGGCCCCAGGAUUACACGCCUCUGAAGCAGCGCUUCGUCGAGCCUUCUUCGACUAUCGAGACUAUGGUUCUUGACAAGGAUGGGGAAGUUGACUCGGUGCAAGACUCGCCCCUCGUUCGCAGGGGUAAGCUGCGCCGGAAGAUCGACGUCGCUGCGGCGGUCAUGGACGACGAAGACAACGAAGAUCCCAGGGCUAGCCCUGAAAUGGACGAGUUCGGCUUCAGGACGACAGCCUUCAACGUCAUGCAAGAUGCCGUCAAGAAGCAGAACGCGCUCAAGAAGGCACAGGACUACAACCGCAAGAAGAGCAAGGCCAAGGAGAUGGUGGAGGAGCAGGCCGAGGAGUCCGAGGACGAAUAUGCCGGCCUGGGAGGUGUCGACGGCGAGGACAGCGACGACGAUGACGCCGCCUCCGUCAAGGAGAUGAUUGACGACGAGGGGGGCAUGACUGCAGACGACGAGCGCAAGCUGGCUGCUCUUUACGCUGAGCGUGAGCGCGCAAGCGACGAGAAGAUGGUGGACAAGCUCUUCCACGAUGUCACGACGGGUAUGCUCCGGCGCAAACGCGGCGCCGACUACGACCUUUCGGACUCGGACGACGGCGGCGAGGCGCGGCGACGGAUGAAGCGCCGGCAGUUCCAGAAGAUGCAGCAGGCCCUCUUCACGGACGAGCGCAUCAAGAAAAUUGCCGAGAAGCCCGGCAACCAGGCCUUCCUCCGCACCAUUGAGGACCGCGGCAGCGACGAGGAGAUGGACUUCCUCGACUUCGCGCCCGAGCCGAUGGAGACGGACUCUCAGUCCCAGUCCCAGGAGCAGCGGCAGCAACAGCAACAGCAGACGGUGCCGGACAGCCAGGCACUCGCAGCAAACGCGACGAACAGGCCGCCCGCCAGCAUGCGUCGGACCAAGGAUGGGAGAAGACCCGCCAACCUCGGCGAGAUCCGCGAGUCCGUGUCAAGCUUGCUUGAGGACAUGAACGACGUCAUCCCGGCCACGGAUCCGAACUCGGAUAGCGAGGCCGAGGACGACGAGGAGGCGAUGCGUCCCCCGACGACGUCGUCCCGAAGCAACAAAGAAAACCGUUCGCCCGGCAGGAACCCGCGCCGUACGAACUCGCGCCACCAAAUCGUCGACCGCCUCACGCUCAAGCGCCAAGGCUCAUCCACCACGUCCGCGACCUCGACUACGCCCGCCUUCGCGGUGUCCAACGCCGCCGUGUCCACUUCCUCGGGUGGGAGCUUCAAGACCCCGACGCUCCUCCGCCGCGCGACGACGAACUCUUCUGUCCUCAGCUCGCAGGGCGGCAUCGGUGUGGGGGCAUCAGGCACCGCGCCCGCGGCGUUCUCCGCGCGAGGCGGCGGCGGCGGCGGGUUCGGCGACGACGGCAAGAUCAAGAAGAACGCGAGCAAGCGGUCCGGCGUCAGCGCGCUGGCGAGGGAGAACGAGCGGCGCGCGGCGGUGCAGGAGAACGAGAAGCGGAGAGAGGCGAGGAAGUGGAAGGGCGCCGAGAGGCGGCACCAGGCCGUCAACGGGCUCUUCGGGGCGGGCAAGUUUGAAUGA